AUGGCGGAGGCGGCUAUCCUCGAGCAAUGCCGCCUGCACCCGCAGGGCAUCCCAGACGCGGACCUCGCGAUGGAGAUCGCGCACAUCCCCGUGAACGAGCGCGCGUCCGCGAUCAACGCGUUGCUGUCGUCGAGGAAGAUCCAAGUCUACAAAGACGGCGACUCGCUGAUUUACCGCGAAGUGCAAAAAGACGAAGCCGUGAAGUUCAAAGGCCUCUCCUCCGAGGACUUGCUCGUGUAUCAGAUCAUCCAGAGCAGCGGGAACACCGGGAUUUGGACGAAGGAGCUCAAGCAGAAGAGCAACCUGCCGCAGACGCAGAUCACGAAGAUCUUCAAGGUUUUAGAGGCGAGGAAGUUGAUCAAGUCGGUGAAGAACGUCGCGCAGCAAAACCGAAAGGUUUACAUGCUCUUCGAGCUCGAACCUUCGCGGGAGAUAACCGGCGGGGCGUGGUACACCGAGCACGAGUACGACGCGGAGUUCAUCUCCGUGCUUCGCGAGCAGUGCGAUAAGUUCAUCAACAGCCGAGGGAAGGCGACGUUGGACGACGUGUGGGACUUUGUGAAACGCGCGAAACUGUCCAACGUCGACUUGGGGAAAGAAGAGGUGCUUCAGAUCGUAAACACGCUCGUGUACGACGGUAAGAUUGACGCGAUCGAGGUGCCGGACCCGAACUUUAAGCCCACGGCGAAGAAAGGGAAGGACAUCGACGCCGGGCACGAGGGCGAGGACUACUCCCCGGCGGCGAUUCCGAUUCCGUCGGAGAGCGCGCUCACGAACGUGCCGUGCGGUCUGUGCCCGGUGUUCGAGGAGUGCGUCCCGGGGGGGUUGAUAUCCCCGGAGACGUGCGAGUACAUGGACGCGUGGCUCGCGCAAGACGAUCCAUGA